AUGGCAUCUUCAAUCAAGUUAUUAAAGUCCACAUACCGAUGGAUCUCGACACCCCUCAUAAUCGGUGCUCCAAUGCGAGUUUUCAGUGGCCCUGAGCUCGCAACAGCGGUAUCCUCGGCUGGCGGAAUCGGCUUCAUCGGUCCAGGAAAAUCACCCGAAGAUCUUGAGCCAGCUCUACAAAAAGCUCGGGAAUUACUAGAGAAACGACUUCAGUCGCAGAAAUCACGACUAUACAUUUCCUCUGCGGACUUGGAGGAUAGGCUGCCAAUAGGGGUCGGUUUCCAGAUUUUCGAUGCGAAUCUGGAGGUUGCGCUGCCUUCAAUCGCGAAGCAUCGACCAGCUGCAGCAUGGCUGUUCGUGCCGAGGGAUGGGACGGAUGACCUCUCGGUAUGGAUGAAAGAGAUUCGCAAAGUUUCUCCACAAACUCGGAUUUGGCUGCAAGUUGGAUCGGUUCGCGAUGCCACCGAGGCAGCAAAGUUGUCGAGUCCUCCGGACGUUCUCGUUCUUCAAGGUAUUGAUGCUGGCGGCCAUGGUCUUGCCAAAGGAGCUGGAAUUGUCUCUUUGGUUCCGGAAGUCAAGGAUGCGAUGAAAGUAGCAGACUUGGACAUUCCGAUUGUUGCUGCUGGUGGCAUUUCAGAUAGGAGAGGCGUAGCUGGGGCGCUUGGGUUAGGUGCUGUUGGUGCUGUGAUGGGUACUAGAUUUCUAGCCUCAAAGGAGGCAAAUAUUGCUGCUGGGUACCAGAACGAGAUUUUGCGAGCCACAGAUGGAGGACAAUCGACGGUCAGAACAUCUCUCUUUGAUGCCUUGGCUGGAAGAAACAAUUGGCCACCUCAAUUUGAUGGCCGCAGUAUUAUCAACGGCAGCACGAAGGAUUCUGAUGCCGGGGUUCCUUUUGAAGAAAAUCAAGCGAAAUUCAAAGAGGCUAUGCAGCAAGGCGACAAAGGCUGGGGCCGAGAUGGAAGAUUGACAACUUACGCAGGUACUGGGAUUGGCCUCAUUCACGAGAUUCAGUCAGCAGAGGAUAUUGUCCAUGAUGCCCGAGAGUCGGCGAGAGCAGCAUUGAGAGAAGCUUUGGAAAUGAUUUGA